AUGUCUUCAUCAAAGAGAGGGAUUUUAGAGCGUCUUGAUGCAAGCGAGGUUAUUGUAGGAGAUGGGGGCUUUUUGUUCUGUUUGGAGAGAAGGGGCUAUGUUAAAGCGGGAUACAGUAGAGCAUCCAGUAAGAUCUAUUCGUUCUAUUUCCGAGGAUUAAUCUGUGUUGACUCGAUUUUGACAUAAUGCUCUAUUUGCAUAUGUAUAGUAAACACUUAACUUAGAAAUGCUGCCAGCCAUUUCUUCAGCACAGACCGGCGUGGGUGUGUUGCAGAGAGUACAGAAGGUGAAAAACGUAAUCACUGACGAAAAAAGAGCAUCAUAAGUUUGACUAAAAACGACUUUUUUUGAACAAAAGAAGAAAGUUGUUCUAUGAUAAAGUAACUGAUAAAUAGAACCCUGUCCACAAUACAUGUGUCUCCAAAAUUUGUCUCAGUCAUUUCACUUUCCUCUUAUUGCGAUAUCCAUCUAUUAUUACUAUUAUUACUUUGAUCCCUGGGGCUCAAUAACUGAUACCGUUGAUUGAUUUCUGGGAAAAUGCUGCUCUUUGUUGACAUGGUAACAUUUUAGCAUGUCGGGCUAAAUAAGCUCAAUCAAGUCCGACCGAUGUAUUAAAAAAAGCCGAACGUCAAAAAGAGAAAAUAAGAGAAGGCAAGAGAAGAAGGCAAGAGAUAGUAAUGUCCCAUUAUGUUUUCUUGUCACUGUUAAUGAUUUUCAAGGUUCGCCGAUUUUAUUGCCCACUAGCGGUCGGCCAUUCAGUAGCGCUUUGCGUGAGCUGGAUUCAUAGUGGGGAAAUCUUAAAGUGGCAGACAAGAACUUGAAAAGACUAAAAGACUCUGACUACUGA